AUGACAACAAAUUGUAAUAAUAAAAAUCUCUCAACCGAAAUUAUUACAUCAAAAGAUAGUGAUGAAAUUGUUAAAACUGCAGAAAAUAAUGAUAAACAAAGACUUUUAGUUGUUAAAAAAAGUAAAACUACAUUUUAUAUUGUUAUUAGGGAUGAACAAAAGAGUAGUACAGACAUUACUUUUAAACGUCGUCGAAUUAUUACUAAAUUUGAUUAA